GUUCAUUCUAGCUUAAGAACAAAUGGGAAAUAUACCAUCACAAAAAGCUUUACACCAGUAUUGUUGGUGGUCAAUUGUCGAAGCCUAAAAAACAAAAUUGAUGAAUUUACAAUCUUACUUGAAACGGUGAAAGCGCAAAUCGUUAUGGGUACCGAGUCAUGGCUUGACGACACAGUAUCGGAUGUAGAAAUAUUUCCGCCAGGUUUUACAGUGUACCGUAAAGAUAGAAACAGGCAUGGUGGUGGCGUGUUUCUUUUAAUUUCAAGUAGCCUUGCCAGCGAAGAAGUUGUUUUUGAUAAUGAAACUGAAUCAGUAUGGUGCCGCGUCCAAUUUCCCCAGGGUAACCACAUCGUUUUUGGAUCGUUUUACCGCCCACGUGACCACAACAAUGAACAUUUAAUUCAACUUUCCGACAUGCUAUCGCAAAUAUCUGAUUGCGUAAUACUGGGAGGGGAUUUCAAUCUGCCCGAUAUGAAAUGGGAUUCUGACUGUGUAGCCCCACAGAAAAAUCGAAAUUGUUCUGCCUUUUCAGAACUAAUGAGCGUCUAUGGGCUACAGCAAUAUGUGAACGAACCAACGCGGUGUAACGCUUUACUAGAUCUUUUACUAAGCAAUGAUGAAAAUGUUAUUGUUCACACAAAUGUAUGUCCAGGAAUUAGUGAUCACUAGUUGCGUUGUUGCAGAGUUAAACGUUUCUAGAAUACCUGCGUGUAAGCAAACCCCUCGAAAUGUUUUCAUGUACGACAGAGGGGACUUUAACGCCAUUUCCGAAGAGCUGGUCUUGUAUUAUCCCACUUUUUUAUGCAUAUCGGAGUCAUGUGGCAUGGAUGAAUUGCGGCAAAUUUUCCGUGACAAGAUUACAGAGCUCGUGAAUAUGUACGUACCUCAG